UUUUUUUUUUUUUUUUUUAAGAAGAAAAAAAUAAAGGGAAGAAAAUCCAGCAGAGAAAAGAAGAGAGAGAGGAAUUCCAGCUGUGGAGGAAUAGAGAAGAAGAAGACAGAUAGAGUAGGAAGAACAGAGAAAUACAGUUUAACCCAAGAGGAGUUUUUGUUUUUGUUUUAUUUUAUUUUAAAAGGGAAAAAAUCUAUAAGCAGGAAAGAAAGAAAGGAAGAAAAAAAGAAAAGAAAAAGCAACGGAGAAGGGUUAUAAAAAGAGCAAAUACCCAAGAAGGGUGAACAGGAGAAGAAAGUCAAGGCAAGGAGGAGCCCAAAGCUGGCAGAUCGGGAGGAUUUGCAGGGGAGAAGGGGGGGGAAGAUUGGAAAUGCAGCUCUGGAGUUUGCUGCUGCCUCUUGCGCUUCUUUGUACAGCCGUAGCCAGUGGACCCGAAUGUGGGAUGGACGAGCGCUCCCGCAGGGCAAGAAGGGACACCAGGCACACCCGCCAGAUCCACUACACCGCCCCGGGCACCUGUGCCACCAGGUUAGCCCGAGGCAGGCGUUCCACUGCUAGUCUGGAGCCUCUGCCUGUCCCCCGCAGGAGGCAACAGCGGGAGGUAAAGGGCGAAGAGGAUUCCCUUACCCCAAGCAGGGCGCUCUAUUUUAGUGGACAAGGUGAUCAGCUGCGGCUGAAAGCAGAUAUUGAGCUGCCCAGAGAUGCCUUCACUUUGCAAGUGUGGCUGAGAGCUGAAGGAGGACAGAGAUCACCAGCUGUCAUUGCAGGAUUAUAUGACAAAUGUUCUUACACCUCCCGUGACCGAGGAUGGGUCCUGGGGAUUAAGACCGUCAGUGACCAGGGGAAUAGAGACCCCCGCUAUUUCUUCUCGCUGAGGACGGACCGUGCUCGCAAAGUCACCACCAUUGCCACUCAUCGCAGCUAUCUUCCCAACCAGUGGGUGCAUCUGGCUGCCACAUACGAUGGGCACUUGAUGAAACUCUAUGUGAACGGAGCCCAGGUGGCCACGAGUGGGGAGCAAGUGGGCAAGAUCUUCAGCCUUCUGACCUUGAAGUGUAAAGUGCUCAUGAUUGGAGGAAAUGCCCUGAAUCAAAACUAUCGGGGUUACAUAGAACACUUCAAUCUCUGGAGGACAGCCCGGUCCCAGAAGGAGAUCUUGUUUGACAUGGGCCAGGUGAUUCAUGAACUAGACACCCCUCUACCUCAGCUAGUUCUUCCGGAGAGUUUACUGAAUGUGAAAAACACCUGGUCUCCCAUGAAGGAUGGCAGCAGUCCUCAGAUUGAAUUCAACUAUCACCAUGGCUACUUGUUGGAUACCAGUCUGGACCCUCCUCUUUGUGGGCAGACAGUCUGCGACAACAUGGAGGUGAUCGCCAGCUACAACGAGCUCCCCCGCUUCCGCCGCAACAAGGUGGUGCGCUACCGAGUGGUGAACCUCUAUGACGACGCAUACCAGAACCCCACCGUCAGCCGGCAGCAGAUCGAGUUCCAGCACCAGCAGCUGAAUGAGGCCUUCAGCCGCUACAACAUCACUUGGGAGCUGGAAGUGCUGGACGUGAGGAACUCGUCCCUCCGCCGCCGUCUCAUCCUGGCCAACUGCGACAUCAGCAAGAUCGGAGACGAGAACUGUGACCCCGAGUGCAACCACACGCUGACUGGGUACGAUGGAGGGGACUGCCGGCACGUGCGUCACGCCCUGUUCCACAAGAAGAAGCAGAAUGGCGUGUGCGACAUGGAUUGUAACUAUGAGAGGUACAACUUUGAUGGUGGGGAAUGCUGUAACCCGGAGAUAACUGAUGUAACCAAGACAUGUUUUGAACCAGAUUCUCCUUACAGAGCAUACUUGGAUGUCAACGAACUGAAGAACAUACUCAAACUCGAUGGAGCCACACACCUCAACAUCUUCUUCGCUAAUUCCUCUGAGGAAGAGCUGGCUGGAGUGGCGACCUGGCCCUGGGACAAGGAAGCCUUGAUGCAUCUAGGUGGCAUCGUGCUGAACCCUUCCUUCUACGGCAUCCCUGGCCAUACACACACAAUGAUCCAUGAAAUUGGGCACAGCCUGGGGCUCUAUCAUGUCUUCCGGGGAAUCUCUGAGAUCCUCUCCUGCAGUGACCCGUGCAUGGAAACCGAGCCCUCCUUUGAGACUGGAGACCUCUGCGGCGACACCAACCCUGCUCCAAAGCACAAACUGUGUGGGGACCCUGGACCUGGCAAUGACACGUGCGGUUUUCAAAGUUUCCUAAACACACCAUACAACAACUUCAUGAGCUAUGCAGACGACGACUGCACCAAUUCCUUCACGCCCAAUCAGAUGGCAAGAAUGCACUGCUACUUGGAUCUGGUGUACCAGAGCUGGCAGCCUGUCAAGAAACCCUCUCCCAUUGCCAUUGCCCCGCAGAUCGUGGACCGAACUUCGAACUCUAUCACUCUGGAGUGGUUUCCUCCUGUUGACGGUCAUUUCUUUGAAAGAGAAGUGGGAUCAGCAUGCGAUCUGUGUACAGAAGGAAGAGUCCUGGUGCAAUAUGCCUUCGGUGCCUCUUCACCAAUGCCAUGUGAUCCAUCUGGGCACUGGAGUCCACGGGAAGCAGAAGGUCACCCUGAUGUAGAGCAACCUUGUAAACCCAGUGUCAGGACUUGGAGUCCCAACUCAGGGGUCCAUCAGCACACAGUACCGCCAGUCUGUCCCGAGCCCCAGGGCUGCUAUCUGGAGCUAGAGUUCCGCUACCCCUUGAUCCCAGAGUCCCUCACAGUCUGGGUGACAUUUGUCUCCACGGAUUGGGACUCCAGCGGAGCAGUGAAUGACAUCAAGCUUCUGACCAUCAGCGGGAAGAACAUCUCUCUGGGGCCCCAGAACGUCUUCUGCGACGUCCCUCUAACCAUCAAGCUGAAUGCCAAACAGGUGGGCGAGGAAGUGUACGGCAUCCAGAUCUACACCCUGGAUGAGCACCUGGAGAUCGAUGCGGCUAUGCUGAGCUCCAUCCCACGGAGCCUGCUGUGUGCAGACUGUAGACCCAUCCAGUACAAAGUGGUCCGGGACCCUCCCUUCCAGACUGGUUCUCCAUUUGUCAUCUCAAACCUCAGCAGGAGAUUCGUGGACAGGGAGUUGAGUGAUAGCGUCGUGUAUACGUACCAGGUUGCCGUUAUUUCUGGGACAGAGGAGAGUGAACCCUCCCCCAUGACUCUAUAUACUCAUGGAAGUGGAUACUGUGGAGAUGGGAUUAUACAAAAAGAUUUGGGGGAAAAAUGUGAUGACAUGAAUAAGAUCAACGGCGAUGGCUGCUCCCUCUUUUGUCAGCAGGAGCUAUCCUUUAAUUGCCUUGAUGAGCCCAGCAGGUGCUACUUCCAUGACGGUGAUGGUGUAUGUGAGGAGUUUGAGCAAAUGACCAGCAUCAAAGACUGUGGGGUUUAUACCCCCAAAGGCUUCCUGGACCAGUGGGCUUCCAACGUGUCAGUCUCUCAUAGUGACCAGGAGUGCCCAGGCUGGGUGGUCAUUGGCCAGCCAGCAGCAACUCAGGUGUGCCGAACCAAGGUGAUGGACCUGAGUGAUGUGGUGUCUAAAUAUGCCUGGUAUCCCUGCACAGCCAACUUACCGUAUUCCCAUAUGACUCAGACCAUUUUCUGGCUAAAGGCAUAUUUUUCUCAGCCCAUGGUAGCUGCUGCUAUCAUUGUCCACUUGGUCACCGAUGGAACACACUACCUGGAUCAGAAGCAGGAAACGAUCACUGUGCAACUGUUUGACACCAAGAAGCAAAACCAUGAUCUUGGUGUCCACGUUCUGAGCUGCAGGAACAAUCCCCUGAUUAUCCCUGUGAUCCAUGACCUCAGUCACCCCUUCUACCACACCCAGGCUGUCCUCCUUAGCUUCAGCUCCCCGUAUGUGGCCAUCUCUGGGGUGGCCCUCCGCUCCUUCCACAACUUCGACCCCAUCACCAUCAGCAGCUGUCAAAGAGGACAGACCUACAGCCCGGCAGAGCAGAGCUGUGUCCACUACUCCUGCGAAGCCACUGACUGUCAAGAGCUGCAGAUUGAGAAUGCUGUGCUGAACUGCACCAGUGGGGAGCUCUACAACGGUGCCCAGUGCAGUGUGAGUUGCAAGAUGGGCUACAUUCUGCAAGUACAGCGAGAUGAUGACCUCAUCAAGAGCCAGCUGCAGUCCAGCAUCACCAUGACUUGCAUGGACGGGAAAUGGAACAAACAGGUGGCCUGUGAACCGGUGGACUGUGGCAUUCCAGACCAGUACCAUGUCUACCCAGCCACGUUCAACUGCAGCGAGGGUACCACCUUUGGAAAGAAAUGCUCCUUCAGUUGCCGACCUCCGGCCCUGCUGAAAGGAAACAACAGCAACUUAACAUGUAUGGAAGAUGGGCUAUGGUCCUUCCCCGAGGCCCUUUGUGAGCUGAUGUGUCGAGCUCCAUCUCUAGUUCCCAAUGCAGAUCUUCAGACUGCCCGUUGCCGUGAAGAUAAACACAAAGUGGGCUCCUUUUGCAAGUACAAAUGCAAACCGGGUUACCAUGUUCCUGGCUCCUCCAGGAAAGCAAAGAAGAGGGCCUUUAAGAUCCAGUGCAUGCAAGAUGGCACCUGGCUAGCUGGAGCGUGCGUGCCCGUCACCUGUGACCCUCCACCCUCGAAGUUCCAUGGGCUGUACCAGUGCACCAACGGCUUCCAGUUCAACAGCGAAUGCAGGAUCAAGUGUGAGGAAGACGACAAUCAAUCAGGACGUGGUAACAACGUGAUUCACUGCCGGAAGGAUGGCACCUGGAGCGGUUCCUUCCACCUCUGCAAGGAGAUGCAGGGCGAGUGCUCUCUUCCCACUCAGCUCAACAGCAACCUCAAGCUGCAUUGUGCGCACGGCUAUGGAAUAGGAGCCGAAUGCACCACCUCGUGUCCAGAUCACAACGAGCCCAUCCUGCUGCGUGUGAAUGAGACCGUACAAGACAUCCAGCACUGGAUGAACCCUCAACGAGUGAAGAGCGUUGUCUGCACAGCAGGACUCAAGUGGUAUCCACACCCAGCGCUGAUUCACUGCAUCAAAGCCUGCGAUCCUUUCAUGGGGGACAACUACUGUGAUGCCAUCAAUAACCGAGCCUUCUGCAACUAUGAUGGUGGGGACUGCUGCACCUCAACGGUCAAGACCAAAAAGGUUAUUCCUUUCCCUAUGUCCUGUGACCUACAAGCAGAAUGUGCUUGCCUAGACCCCAACGCUCAAGAGAACAAUCAGAAGGAUGUACGCAGCUUCAGUCGCGGGUAACGUCCGGCAACAUGGAAUGGACGAUCACACCGCUAAAGGCAGGCUCGGAGAGACACCACAUCCCUUUUUGGUAUUGUCUUUAACAUUUAGCUGCUCAACUGGAUGGCAUUUCUGCACCAGGGACCUUUAGAAUUCACCCAGUCUGCCUUUAAUUUUUGUCCAAGGAGAACUCAAAGUGGGGGGUUAUGUAUUAAGUAUAUCUUAAAUAGCAAAAACAACAAACAAGCAAAAACAAAGAGUCAAGUCAAGACUUUUAAGUAUCAAAACAGCAUGUGUUUAUGCAGUUGUGCGCCCACCUAAUUUGAACUGUUUGUAUCUAGAUCUAAGGCGAGAAACAAGCCAUAUAUAUAUAUACAAAUUUAUAGAGAUAAAUAGAGAGAUUGAGAUCAAAGCAAACACACUUUCCCCUCUCCAGCGCUCAUAACUCAGAGCAUUCAUGGAAGAGGCUGAGCUCUCGGAUGAAACCAGGCCAAGCCUAUAUUGAUGCUGAAUGCCAGGUAUCUCAUGCCCAGGGCACUGAGGUUAGGAUGGGUUCACCACGGUGACUGUCUUUCCAAAUGGCCAGAUGGAUGAAAUGUGGGUUGCAUUAUCUUAUCAUGGAAAUAUUACACCCAGGCUAGGAGCUUUGCAAACUGUACUGGGCUUUUCUGCGCGGCUCCACUGGCCUACCUCCAGCCUGCAAAUUGCAGCCUACGCAUGGGAGAACUCCGAGACAUUUGCUGGUGGGCAGACCGUCCCGUGGUGAAGCAAGGGCGGGGGCUAGCGAGUGGAUGGGCUGAGGAUUGGCAUUUAUGAGUUAGGCUGGCACUGAGGAUUGGAGAUUAUUGCUCCUGAGGGAAUAGGGAGGGUAAAUCAAACCCCCAUACUUGUCGUUGGAGCAUGUCUGCUGCUGCUACUCCUGCUGCUAUGUCCCAUACAACUAGUUUCUUUACUGUGUCAGGACAGGGUGACAACAACCCCAAGCAACCAAACAAUCUGCCUUAAAGCUUACCUACAACCUGCCUUUCAGACCCUCUGGUUUUCUCCUCAGCACUGGGGCAAGAAAUCAGGACACCAGCCAGCCAAAGAGAUUUGCUGCUUCACCUCCAGCUAGCCAAUGGUUCUGCUUACGCCUCCCCUUUGGUAUGUGGGUAUAUUAUAUUGAAGAACCUCUUUGUGCUCCUGUUGGCGCAGGAGGAGAGGAGAGGAGAGGCAGAGAGUGCAAAGGCACAAGCCGAGGGGAAAGAAUGGCUGGGGACAGUAUUAGAGUUUUGAACCCGGUUUGUCAGUAUUAAAUUCUCAGGCCUGUGGGCGGAUCCAUCCCACAUAGCGACUUCAGAGCAGGAGAUCAGCUGCUUGGAACCUUCCAAAAGGAAGGGCGUUAAGAGAGGCUACCCUCACACCUCCCAUCUGCCCCCUCCUCUCCACCUCCAGUUCUGGUCCUGAAAGGUGCACUUUCCACCGGCCGCUCCGUCAUUUCUUAAUUGGGAUUCAGCAUCCUCUGGUUGCUCAGAUCCCAUUGAGUCAAUCUGAUACCCAGCGGAGCCAGUGUGGACAUUGCUGCUACAACCCAUUCCAAACGUAUCCCUAAAGUCUGCACACUAACGGCUGGAUUUGCAUCCAGGGCUCCUAUUGACAAUAAUGCCUCCCUGAAAGGGUUAAUCUCCCCUUCUGUGGGGCUUUAAAAUGGGCUCAAACAAGAGGCGGGUCUAACGUUGCCUGACAAGGGAAUGGCAGCGGCAUUUUAGAGCUUGGGCAGCUCCUUUAAGUGCAUUGGCAAGGGCCACGGGGCCAGAUGUGGGACCUCUAGUGCCCAGCUCCCCUUGAAGCCAUCCUAGAACCGGCUGCUGUCCCUUGAACCACUGCAGCCCAGAAUGAACCAUCCUGCUUGCCUGAUCUUUUAGACUUUGGGGAAGGGAAAAGAUGUGGUGGGAAGGGCAAAAAAUUCACAUUUUAAGCCAAAAGAGGAAUUCUUCUUCAACGCAAUGAUACCAAAAGCCCCCAGUGCUUCAUUGCCCAGCUUGGGCAUCCCAGUGGUACUCACUGAUUUAGGGGCCUUAGGACCGCUCCCUAGACCUAGACUUUAUUUCGGUUGGGUGUAGUCAAUGCCCAGCCUUCUACAGAGGCUGCAUCUCCCUUCCCCAGCCAUGGCAUGCCUGGGGGAGCUGCCGGAGGUUGUAAAAAUGGCUCGACGUGAGAAAUCAACAUGCUUGUAGGAAUUGGGGUCAAGUUUAAGGAUCCAAAGAGAAAGGGCCAAACACCUCCCUGGACUCACUCUGUUAAAGCUAAGGCCAUUAAACGAGUGAUGCCCACAAAACAAUUCCAGUCUGGGAGGGCUGGGGCAGUGAAUCUGUCAUAAAUCUGCUGAAGGGUCCCACAUCCAAAGCCCUCUAUCGAUGCAGAGAACAGGUACCGGUCCUGGCUGUCAUGCAGGCAUCCCACCCACCUGCACGCACGCGCUCACUGUUGCCCUCCCAAGGACAAAAGGAUUGGUCCGGCAUCAUGGCUCUUUCAGGGGGGCUGAUCUUGAGCAUCCUCAAAUCUAGCUGAACAGAAUGGGAGCUGCACUUACUCACAGCGAUCCCCUGCAGCCCUGAGUCCUUUGCCUCUCUUCGGAGGCUGCCAGCCACACGAAAAUACACGUGAGACGGUGGCAUUGCCCCUCCCCCGUGCUGGCAGUUUGCUUCGUGUAUCAUCAAAAGCGCUCACAAGCCCCAGAUGCCCUUUAAAUGCCGACCGCCUUGUGUCCUCUACGCCCGAGGCAGGUUGGCAGGAGCUCUGCUCUGUGUCCCAUGACCUAUCUGCACCACCCAGAGAGCAGGGGCAGCUAUAACGUUUCAGUUAUAUGUAUUAAUAUGGGUUUGGUUUAUAUCUAUACUUUCCCCAGUUAGAACGCUACCCUGCCUAGAGCCCCAAAGGCGCAUACUUGUCUCGUGCCCGCUGUGAGCGCCUGUGAACUCAGGGCCAAAACAGCCCCUUUUGCAUAGAGAGGGAUCAAUGCGGAGAAGAUAGGGCAAGCUGCUGCUCACAGAGAUUUGAGUCCUUCUUGCUUGAGGGGGCGGGGCUAGUGUGGAAGGAGGUGUGGCCUCUCACCCAUACAGCCUCACAGGCCAGUCACAGCACUGCAAUUCCCGGUCUGCCAACAGUGGCAGCCCCCUCUUCAGGGCAGAACCUCCAUGCUGCUCUUUUCCCCACUGGGCCGUGCAUCUCCCCCGACGGAGCCCACAGCACCAGCAGCGGAUGUUAGCGCUGCUUCGCGCAGCAUUCCCUCCCAGGGGCUUUAUUAGAAGAAAACCUGGGUUGGCAUGUGCGUGAGGGGGCUCCUGAUUCCCACCUCUGCCCCCUUGCGCUCCCUGAACGCAAGCCUCCCAUUGCGCCUUGCCUCUGUGCAUAGGUGGGUGAGUGGAGGGGCCGCAAAGGGACGUGGGCCCUUUACCACCCUCCCUCGCAGCGGUCCUGAGGAAAAGAUUAAUCUAAUCCUUGGCGUAUAAGGGGUUAACUCUUUCAGGGUCCAGUCCAGCUCCCAUUGACUUCAGUGGAAAGACUCCCAUUGACUUCAGUGGGGGUUGGAUCAGGCAGGAGGAAGAGGUGAGAGGGACACAAGCCACCAAGCAAAUGCACAAAACAAAAGAUAUAAAGCCACCGAAGGCAGCUGCUCACUUGGUGCAGGUCCCGUUGCACCUGCCUGACUGCCAGAGAUGUGGGGCCAACGCUCCACCCCACAGUAGCUCUGAGUGAGGUGAUCAUCUUCGCUUGGAGCAGGGUUUGCCCAAGCUUGGCUCCUGCUGCCGAUGGCGUCCAUGGCUAGGAGGAGGGAGAGUUAGAUCAGAAAGCGGUGAAUCGUGCGUGACGGGGUGGAAAACCCCUAUCAGCUGCUACCCUCCACCCCAAAACGGACUGUGCUGGUGUCCAGGCUUUCUUGCACAUUCUGCUGCCCCUCGCCCCCAUGGCUAAGACAGGAGGGUUGUGCCAGAGGGUCGUUCAGAGUCAGGUUCCAGCUACCUCCCUUCCGGUUUUGGUUUCACUUGGUUGUAACUGUCGGUUUGUUCUAGGUUUUACCUGUGUUUAAAAAAAAAAAAAAUUAAAAAAAAAACCCCAAACAACGGUUUCUUGCUGCAACUGAUUCAAGUGGGGAAAAAAA